AUGUCCUCGCACGUCGACGUCAAUGUCAAGGACAGGAGCGGCAGGACCGCCAUGCACGCGGCGGCCGCGGCAGGGAACGUGCAGGUCGUGAAGUUUCUGCUCAAGGAGAGUGCGUCGUUGGAGGAGCGAGACGGGUACGGGAAGACGGCGGUAGAGGAGGCCGAGCGAUGCAGGAGGCAGGAGGUGGCGGAGCUGCUGCGGGAUCAC